UUUCUAAUGGGUCUAGUCGCUAGUGUAGGCAAAAACAACGAUGAAUUAGUUGACAAUUUGGUUAAACAUGAUUCAAUUAAAAAUGAAAGGGUUGAACGGAUAAUGAGACUUGUUGAUCGAGGCAAAUUUAUGCCAGAAAAUGCUGUGGAGGAAAAUGCUUAUAAAGAUUCUGCUUGGAAAUCGGAUUUGGGACUGCCUGGAUUUUUACAUAUUUCUGCUCCGUGUAUUUAUGCAAAUGUCCUCGAACAUCUUGAUUUACAAAAAGGACAGUCUUUUCUCAAUAUUGGAUCUGGUACGGGUUAUCUCAGCACUAUGGCAGGCUUCUUUUUAGAAGAAAAUGGAAUCAAUCAUGGAGUUGAACUUUAUGAAAAUGUUGCCGAUUAUGCAGCUGAACGCAUUUCUUUGUUUCAAUCAUCUCCUGAAGCCUGUGCAUUUGAAUGGUGUUCCCCUACUUAUUUUGUUGGAAAUGCUUUUCAACUUGAACAAAAUACUAAUAAAUAUGACAGAAUUUAUUGUGGUGCUCUAGUCCCAGAAUCUCACCGUGCUUAUUUUUGCUCAUUUUUAAAAGAGGAGGGAAUUCUAGUUAUGCCGUAUGGACAUUCGGUUAAAAAAAAAUUUUUGUAAUUUUAUUGCAAAUAAGAAUUAGGUAGGAAUAGGAUGUGCACAUGACUGGUAAAAAAUAGGGUUCAACCCCUGUCCUUGGGGAAGGGAAUUCUCCGGGUGUACUUUAAUUUUUUUCAAGAUCCCCCGUGGGGAAGCUUGCAGGGUUCCCGAACCCGAAUUCUCCGUAACCUUCGGUCCUUGUACGAUCGGCCCACGCCCCGUAAAAUUGAACACUGGUUAAAACUGGGUCGUGUUUUCAAAAAAAUUUUUGGUAUUUGCGUUUUGUGUCUG